UAUUGGGUGCAUGGCCAAGUCGGAAAAUUGUUCAUCAAUAGAAGAUAUACUGAUUUUUACAAGCUGCACAAAAGACUUGUGCACAAAUAUGGAAAUUCUGCUAUUCCACCGCUUACCCCAAAGAAGCGAUAUGGAAGAUUCAAUCUUGAAUUUAUCGAAUUUAGACGGUUUCAUCUUGAGUUUUAUUUACAAUAUCUCGCAUUGACGAAUCGCGAUGAAUUAAUUAAAUUUCUUGGUGGAACUAAACAAGGUACCAAGAUAAUAACAGAUGGCGGUCCUAAGAUUAACUCAAAAAGCAAAUCAAAUAAAAUAAUUAAAUCUGAUCUUCCUCAACGCGGUUGUUUAAUCUCGGGUUCCCGACGCAAUGAAAAGAUUCGUGUUCAUUUUGCUGACGAAGUUGUUAACAAUGAAAAGGCUUCUCGAAAUCCUGCCACUAGACAUCACGUAGCUCAAAAUUCAAAUAUUACUUAUUAUAUGUAG